AUGAGCAGUAGAGAGGGCGGAGGAAGCCCUCAAGCAUGCGCCUCUUGCAAGCACCAGCGGAAGAAGUGUGACGAUGGCUGCGAGCUCGCCCCAUACUUCCCUGCCACCAAGUUCCAGGAUUUCCAGAAUGCUCAUAGGCUCUUCGGCGUUGGCAACAUCAUCAAGAUCCUCAACUCUAUCGAGCCCCAUCACCGCGCCGCUGCCGCCGACUCCAUCAUCCAGGAGGCCAAAAUCUGGAAGGAUGACCCGGUGCACGGCUGCCUUGGCCUCGUCCAAAGCCUACAGUCCCAGAUAGGGCUUUGCGAGAAGGAGCUUGAUGCUAUUAACCAACAACUGCUGUUUCUUCAGGAAAAGAAACAGCAGAAGAGGUCAUGGAGCCACUCUUCAUAUCCACCAUCAUCGUUGUUGUCGCCAUCCUCGUCAGUAUUCCUGAAGUUACCAUUGAAUCAAAUUGGUGAAUCGCAUCGUCAAGCACCACUCCUAAAUGACCUAGACUGCAAAGAAGCAUUUUAUGGAGGAAAUGCAAAAACAUUGGAUGAUGGACACAACUAUGAAUCAACUUUUGGAAAAGGGGUGGAUCUCAAGCCCUUGGAUGGUGUUAUGGACGAGGAUCAGCAUGAACCACCAGCAUCUGGGGUAGGACCUGGGCCACUGGAGAAGGCAAGAGAUGCACCUAUAAAGAACAUCGGUGGCUGA